AUGUCAGAAUCAAUCAACGAGUCUUCAUCAAUAGUACCAUCGGGACCACCGGAUCGUCAAAUUCAUGGACGUCAACGGGCCAGGAAAGCUUGUAUUCCUUGUCGACAACGAAAGAGAAAAUGUGAUGUAGAGUUUCCUUGUGCAAUGUGUACACGUUAUGGGUACAAUUGUAGAUACACGGACGAACACAACCCUCCCAUCCCCAAUCUUUCAAAUGUACGGACAAUUCUCCCAGGUGUCAAUGAAAUGCGGCAUGAAGUUGUACGGUCAACAACAACAAACCAUGCACAUAAACGUCAAAGUAUAGCAAUUGGUCAAUCACCAUCCACAUCACCACAGAAUGUUGUCGACCAAGGUAUUUUUGACCCUCUGAGAUCACGAUACAUGAGUCAACAUUCUGCGGUUGCUUUCCCCCGGAGUCUUGGCGUGGAAUUUCAAUCGGCGAACCCUCCACCCCUUCAUUCUUUUGCUUGGAAUUGUGGAAUUCGACCAGAGGAAGCUGCAUCUGCCCAUACCAAUCUAACACAAUUGGUUUCUCAUGAUGACUUCAAGCGGUACUCGGACAUAUAUUUUUCCACAGUACAUGCGCCAUUUGGGUUUUUGGAUUGGCCAUAUUUCAUGAGACGAUGUGAUGAUUAUUGGAGUAAUCAAGGAAGAGAUUUGAAGUUCGGUGCUGUUGUUGGGGGAGUAGUGGCUUUGGGAUCGUUCUUUGCUUUUCGACUGGGUCAUCCUCGAGAAUUAGAUGUUGUUCAGCAUGUGAAGACGGUUCUUGAAGAUCCCACCUUUAGUCGCCAUCCUUCCAUUGAUCAAAUCAAUGCAUGGCUUUUACGGACCCUAUACCUUCGAUCAACUACUAGACCUCAUGUCGCAUGGCUUGCUAGCUGUAUUACGCUACAUUUGGCUGAGGCUACAGGCUUGCAUCAAGAAGUCCACUCGGUGCUCUUAACUACAGAAGGAGAUACUCAAGCAAAAAGAAUGGAUGAAGCAGAAAUAGAACGAGCAAGAAGAACUUUCUGGAUGACUUGGUCUGUUCAUACUAUCAUCUCAUAUGAAUAUGGAAGAUCUGCGGUAAUCCUCAACAGCAUAACUUGCAAGCCUGUCAAAGAUAGCAUGGGUGAUAAAACUGUAUUCCACAUCAAGAUUGCCCAACUGAUUCCCCGUGAUAAUAUGGUCAUCAGUUCGGCAACACAUAAGCAAGAACUUAUUGAUGGGUUGAAAGAACUCACCCAAAUUCCAGAUGAGCAUCCAUUUCUAUCACUCUCCAAGUCGGAUGUUUGUUUUUGUUUCUAUAGAAGACUAAGGCUUAUGAAACAGGGAUUGGAAAAAGAAGCAAUCCAAUCCAUCAUCGAUAUUGGAAACAGAGGCGCCGAAGCAGCAGAUACUUUCGCCCGUGAUGGCCAUCCAUGGUGGAAUAUCCUAUCAACCACAUUUCAAUACUUCUGUGUACUCCUAGCUAUCGACACCACCGAAAGUCUCUCGAAUGUAUCUUGGGUUUUGAAUAUCUUCGAAAGUAUCGUACGGAUAGUGGAUACGCAUUUAGCCCUUGAAGCAUUCGAUACGGCCAAGGUAUUGCUGAGGGAUAGUAUGGCGAAAAAGAGGAGGGAUCUGGGUUUCUUGGAACAUGCGGAUGGCCAGCAUGGCCCCGAGCUGGAGAGACAAGUGGAAAUUAAUUGGGAUGCGUUGCUGGAUCCAAUGUUUCCGGAUGCGUUGAUGAGUGAGGACUUUUCAAUAUAUAAUACAUGA